UGGGUUCUUCCCAACUUUUCAUCAUGGCCGACGGGCCUUCCACUGAUCCCACACCCGAAAAUUCCGGCCUUUCGGCCACCGGGAGCGGCCUCGUGGCGCCGGUGGAGGCCACCCAGUCCAACGAGAUGCCAGAGAGGCAUCCCAGUAAGCCAUCGAGAAGUCUGGUGAACCAAGAGGAGAUGGGAAGUCGAGCGAAGUCUGUGCCAUGCUCAGCGGUGCCAACGAUUCCCUCACGCUACACGGUGACCCUGAUCGAGGGCACCCGUGAGUUGAAAGGGUUCAACAGCCUGGCCACGCGCUUCGAGGUGGAAAGACACAUCGAAGGUCCAGGGCCUGGAAGUUAUGGGGAGCGGAAGACUUUCCAUCAGGAAUUUACUGAAAGGCCCAGUUGGGGUGCUCGGGGCACCAGUGGCUUUGCCUCCAAAGCCAAGCGUUUUGGCAUGAGGUCCAUGCCAAGUAUGCCACCACCUGGUCUUGGAUGUCCAGGCCCAGGUGCCUACAACGCUCUGGGCGCCUUGCACAGCACCAAGGAGCCCAAGAACUUCAACAAGACUGCUUCGGCCAACUUCAACCCCUCGAAGAAUGGCCAGAAGGUGCCGUCGAGCAGCAAGUUGCCUGGGCCGGGGCAAUAUGAUCCUCGUAUGUUGCCAGCGAGAGAGGCUGCAGCGGCACAAGCUGCCUUCAAUUCCAGCACACGUUUGAAAGGAGACCAACCUUCAGACAUUCCAGGGCCAGGAGAAUACUACGACGGCAUGGCCAGGCCAGUUGGCUAUGUGCCUCUGUAUCUUCAAAGCGACCAGCGGAUGCCCACCUUUAAGGAGCGCCACACGCCCCACAUCACCCGGAUCCAUCACGACCUCCCUGCGGCUUCUGCAAAGGCCAGGAGAAUUUUGGGAGAUUUCGGAGAUGAGGUGAGUCGCCAAUGUCGUGGGUCCCAAAGUUUGGCGCAGCCAGACUUUGGACACUACCAGGAGAGCCUGGAAAAAUCCACAACUUCGGUGUGCACCAGCGCCUUCAAAGACGGACCCAAACGCACGGACUGGGCACCGGAGGAGCUGUCUCGCCUUCCUGGCCCUGGAAAGUACGAGCCAAAGG